AUGGCACAAAAAUUGAAAAAGAAGCCGUCUUUUUUCACAUUGAAACGGUGGAAUAGUCAAAAUGAAGUUAUUGAGCCAGCCAGCCCGAAUAUCGUCAAUAUACCGGCAGAACUGCCACAAGCUGAUGCAAUACCAAACUUUCGACCGGACAACCCCAGUCAUCUGAGGAAUUUAACUACAGAAACAAAACCUAAAAACAUGAUGUCAGCCGGAAACUUAGACGACUUAAUCCAAUGCUUUCUAUGUUUGGAAGUUCUGCACAACCCGAAGAUGUUGUCAUGUCAACAUACCUUUUGCAUGGCUUGUCUUAGUGUUUACAUUGCUGAUAAUUCUAUAUUCCACUGUCCAAUCUGCAACACAAGAAUCCAAGUGCUAAGUCCGAACUUCCUUAAAGAGUUACCAUCGAACCUGUACAUAGAUUCUCUACUCUCACUGGUGGGCCUUAAAGACUCCAUGCACAGUCGUAUAACACCACCCACCACUCCCGCUGCUGGGGUUUCAAGUGUCGAUUUGUUCGCUGGCGGUGUAAGAUGCUCCACUUGUCAGAGCAUGUGUGAUAGCUCUGAUAUUACUUCUUGCCGGCAUUGUAAAUUGAACUUUUGCAAAGUGUGUUGGUGUCAACACUUGGACGAUAUGAGGGUUCAAAUCGGCUCUAUUGUAAAUCAAUUGGAGUCUGCCACCAAAAAAUUGGAAUACAAAACUGAACAUUACAAGGAUCGUUGCGAACGCAUCGCAGAGCAAAUAAAUAUUGCUGCAGAUGAGAAAAUAAACGCAAUAAUGAAAGCCAAAGAUGGUUUGCUAAAGGAAACCGCUACAUUACAAAAGAACAGUGAAAUGACAGCUUUAGGUUUGAAGGUGUCCGUAGAAGAAGCGAGGGAUGUAGCUAAGAGGGCUAUGGAAAAUAAGAACAGUGCAAAUGAAAUGGUUCAGGUAACAACCUUCAUGAACCUGCACCAAAACACAGUCCGACUCUUAACAGAAGUCUCCAAAUGGGACGCAGAAAGUUUUGUGUUCGACAAAGAGAAUUUCCGCAUAGAGUUGGAUGCAGCUUCACCGUUGGACGCGGAGUCAGAUGAUCCAUUGCCUGGAGGGGCACGGCAAAAUAAUCCUUUGGAAAGUGAAGAUACUCUUUCUUUACAUUAUAGAUCCCGAAACUUCCUCCCCCACUACGUCUGGCGUAAGACCACUCGUCCAUCGGGCAUAGGCCUCAGUCCAUGGAACAACAACCUAUACGUCUGUGGCAUGGACUCGCAUUGCGUACUUGUCAUAGAACGGACACAUGCCAAAAUUGUGGCGCGCCUGACCUGUGAAGACAUGCUUUGUCCUGUGCAAAUUGCUUUCAUGAAGAGCAAUGGAGAGAUUUAUGUUACUGACAAAUGGAAGCACUGCAUCCAUGUGUUUUCGAAGGACAACGAGUACCUAAGGUCUAUGUGCCAUAAGGGUAGUAGAGUCGGCAUGUUACGUUCCCCAGAAGGCAUCGCCACUGACAACUCCCAGCUUCUGCUCUACGUUGUGGAUACUGGCAAUGAUAGAGUUCAGAUACUCCAAACCGACGGCAAAUUCGUUCAACAAAUAGGAGUAUCAACUUACGAGAAGAUCUCAGCGGGACCUGGACCUUGGACGUCCAAAGAAGUCUUGUGCACAGACCUAAACGCCCCUACUAGCGUCGCAGUGACCAAUGAUAGAAUCAUCGUACUCGACAGUGGGAAUAGGAGGGUUAAAAUCUAUAAUAAACAAGAUAAAGGAAAAAUUCUAGAAUUUGGAUCGUUAGGGCACAGAAAGGGACAGUUUAGGCAACCGGAAGUAUUAGCAGUUGAUCCCAUGGGUUUCAUUUUAGUAGGUGAUUCGGGCAAUUGUAGAGUACAAGUUUUUAAGCCUAAUGGACAAUUGGUAAGGGUUUUUGGCAGAUGGGGAAGCGAAGCUGGCAAGUUUGCAUGGAUUUCUGGCAUUUACGUUACUAAACAGUUGGAUAUUAUAAUAAGUGAUCCGAAGAAUCAUGCUGUUAAUUUCUUUUAGAUUCAUUAUUUUUAUAUUCUCAUCAUUUCUGCCUUCCUUCACAUAACUAACGUAUGUAGUCUACAUUUUUAGCGAAUUUGAAUUAUUAACAUAUACUGGUAUAUGGGUAAAUCCAUAGCGCAUGUAACACCCGUUACUUUGACUAAAGGUUGCAUUUAGAAAUUCUGCCGGCUAAUUGAGUAAUGCGAAAGACAGUCUUUCGACAAACAGAUUCGGUCUUUCAGGUUCAGUCACUAUUUAAACUCCUAUUUCUACUAAUUGUUUGUCAAAAGUAAAAACUUUAAGUCACCAUUUCUGCUUAUGAUCUGACAAACUUUUUACAAUUUUGUCGCCUAAUUCACUAUUUGUAAUAAUAAUAUUUAUCAAAUUCUUGAUAGUGGUGUCAUUUAAACGUAGUUUCUACCAAUUAUUUGUCAAAUUAUGACAGCAUAAAUAAAUACCUACAUUUACCUCUCCCACAGUUGUUAGGUGUUGCAAGAACAGUAUACGGGUGCUAAGUUUUUUGUUUUGGAAUUACCCAUAUUGAAUAAGCGAAACGACUCCCCCUAAGCGGAUUUUUAUAUAUGUAUAUCUUAUUAGUGUCAGUUUUAUUGUUAAACAAAAUUAGAGUAAUUGACAUAUUUCAAAGAAAAAAAAACUUUAGGUACCAAUAUCUCGGAAAAUUACCAAAAUGCAAAUGCGUUAGUCAUGACAAGGAGGGUACAAUUUUCGCCAUUAAUUAUUUUUUUCAAAUUAACUAUAUAAAUGUGGAAAUUCUACUAAAGUCAUUUAUAUACAGAUCGACCAACUUAUUUGUAAAAUUAGUUGUGCCUCUAGCAAAAUAGUAAUUAAUAAUAUAUUUGCAUAUUCUAUGCAUACGUUACAAUGCUUCAAAUCAUCCGUAAAAGAACGGCCAUUUUGGUCGUAGACACAUUUGCUGAAACAAGUGGCCCAUCAGAUAUAUUAAAAUUGUUCUAAUACUUCAGAAACUUUGCGGGCGUGGCGAGAAUAAUAAUGGAAUGCAUACCGAAGAAACAGAUAGAUUACAGACAACUUGGUCGAUCUUAACAGAUUUGUUUUUUAAUUCUGUAUGUAUUAUUUAGUUUAGUAUUUGUAUUAAAGUUGAAAUUAAAGCAUUGAAUUGUAUAACAAGAAAUUU